AUGGGUCAAAGUCAAGCGACCCCUUUGCAGCCGCCGGGCGAGAAGCUGGAAGCGGUGUUUGAGGUUUUCGUCCAAGCCGUGCUCCACGCUUCGCAGACACUGGAGCGAUACCUCGGGUUCGUGGAUCCCCAGCACACUUUACGCGUGAGUACCGGCAGGAUGAACACCGUGGUCCUGAUUCAUGUCAUCGGUUUCUGCAAGAAGGGCGUGGACGGCUGCAUGUCCACUCGUGCCAUGACCAGACAGCAGGAGAUGCUGAUGGGGGUCAGUUGGAUCUGGACACUCACCUGCUCCAGCAAGAUCUCGCAGUUCCAGACAGCGGUGCGGUCGGUCCAGACAGGCGGGACCUACAUAGUGAGAGAAACGGACGGGGACCCUUACCAGAAGAGGUUGGAACAGUCCAUAUCGGACCUGGACCGGAACAAGAGCUGCUUCGACAAGCUGUUUGAGUUCUCCUCCUCCAUCGGCGUGAACUGCAUGAGCCUGUGCAUUGUGUACGGCUCGCCGGGAAAGUCGAGAGAAAUCCGGGGGGUGCUCAGCAAGGACCUCCUGCGCUUUAAAGCAGGGGGAGAGCGGCAGCUUCACGCAAGGGAUGCUGCUUCGUUACCUCCAGAGCACGGACAUGUUCAUCAGGACCACGGAGAUGAUCCAGAACCACCUCUGGAAGCAGAGAGGCACCAGUGA